UCAGCCACUUCUUCACUUCUAGAAAACCUUCCAGGUCCCUUCCAUAAUUUUCGUCAUUCUUGUCUAUAUUGCGGACAAGCGUCAGCGCGUCUCCAGUUUUUGCAUCGUCAUUUGCCUUUGCCCAGAUUCCUUCACCGCCAUGGUAGAGGUUGAUGCUGCAUUCAUCCAAGCCCUUGAGCACCGGCCGAAGCCCGCCGUCGUCGAAGCCGAGGGCAUCCCUCUCAUCGAUCUCUCCGCCAUCAACUCCUCCGACUCUGCCGCAGUCGCCGCCCUGGCCGAUGAGAUCGGCAGUGCCUGCGAGACCUGGGGCUUCUUCCAGGUCAUCAACCACGGAGUACCGUUGGCCUGUCGGGAGAAGAUGGAGUCGGCGUCGAGAAAGUUCUUUGCGCAGUCCUUGGACGAGAAGCUCAAGGUGAGGAGAGACGAGAAGAAUCCGGUGGGAUACCAUGACGGCGAGCACACCAAGAACGUCCGGGACUGGAAGGAGGUCUACGAUUUUGUCCGGAAAGUUCCGACCAUCAUUCCGGCCUCUCCCGAGCCUGAUGACAGGGAAGUGGUGUUGCUCCAUAAUCAAUGGCCCAAUUACCCUCCUAACUUCAGGAAAGUGUGGGAAGCGUACGUCGUAGAAAUUGAAAAACUAGCUUAUAAGCUAUUGGAAUUGAUCUCCCUGAGUUUAGGCCUUUCGGGAAACCGCCUCAAGAACUUCUUCGACGAUCAGACCAGCUUUCUGCGACUCAACUACUAUCCGCGCUGCCCCGUUCCCGACCUGGCCCUCGGCGUCGGCCGGCACAAGGACGUAGUUGGGAUGACUGUUCUUGCUCAGGAUGAUGUUGGAGGCCUCGAAGCACGCCGAAAGUCCGACGAGGAAUGGGUCCGAGUUAAACCUACCCCCAAUGCUUAUAUCAUCAACGUUGGCGAUAUUAUUCAGGUGUGGAGCAAUGAUAGGUACGAGAGUGUGGAGCACAGGGUGACGGUGAACUCGGAGAGGGAGAGGUUCUCGAUUUCCUUCUUCUUCAACCCAGCACACAUCACCGUGGUUGAGCCCCUGGAAGAGUUGGUUGGUGAGCAUAGUCCUCCCAAGUACAGGGCUUUCAACUGGGGAAAGUUCAUCACUACCAAAAACCUCAGCAAUUACAAGAAGCUCCAUGUCGAUAACCUCCAGAUCUAUCAUUUCAGCCUAUCCGCCUCGAAUGAUCUUCACUAAAUCAUUUCAUCAUCGAUCCUGACAUCCACCAUCCAUCCGUACAUGCAUUAUUAUAUAUAUAUGUGUGUGUGUGUGUGCGCCUGCGCACGCGCUUGCUUGCGCUUAAUUAUUUACAACAGUGCUAGCAGCUGGGUGCAAUGUUUGGUUCUGAACUGGAUUGAUCAGUACUUGAAAUAUAAUGAAGCAUUUGUUAAUUUGUAAUAUUUACAAAGCAA